AUGCCGCCCCCUUUCAACCUGCCCUUCGAAAUCCAGCGACUCAUCCUGUCGCAGGCGCCGAUGCUUGACACGCUGCGCGCCCUUGUCCACGCGUCCCCCCGGCUGCACAGCGUCUACGCACAGGACCGACUGCACAUCCUCCGGGCCUUUGUGGAACAGUCCCUUGAGGGCAUUUUUCUUGACGCCUACGCUGCCUACCGCUCUGGAACUGACGAGUUCCAACUCACACGCGACGAGCCAAUGAUUUGGGAUUUCGUUCACGACUUUGAGAAUAAACGGAACGGGACAAAUACUCCGCAGUCCAAGCUGACUGAGCCGCUAGCUUUAGAUGAUCUGGUCCAGCUGGUCCGCUUCCAUCAUGCUAUCGUCGAGCCUCUGACGGAGCGGUACUCAAUCUGGGCGCUGGCCGCCUUGUCCUCGGCCCCACAGGACUGUCCACUCAGCUGGACGGAGAAGGUGCGAAUUCAGCGGGCGCUCUACCGCUUCCAAAUCUUUUGCAAUCUUUGUGGCUCGCGGGGAGAAGGGCGCAGCUCGCCACAAUCUCUCCAAGAGCCCCUGGAGCGUCUCCGUGUUCUUAGUCUGUUCCCAGCCUGGCAGAUCGAGGAGAUACUCUGUAUUCAGGAGUUCGGUAAGGACACGUACGGUGGUAUUUUCGACCGCGUCGCCUGGGAUUUGAACGAGGAACGGAACCCUGGAUAUAAAGACCUGAACCUCAAGUUUGUGCGAGAGAGUUUGUUGCUGUUUUCGGGUCCACCAAGCUAUGAUAUCAACCGAGAGUCUCGAGAAGCUAUGCUGCGCCAUGGUCUUCCCGUUUUAGCCUUCGCCUUCAAAAAAUUGGAUGACCAUGACGGACUCGUCGAACUCGUCCGAGACAGUAUCUUAUCGGUUGAGUUUCAUGGUGCCGGCAUGUAUUCCACCUGGAUGGACGAGGCGGUCCAGGACAUACACCAGCAUCAUCGACGGGAGCAGUGGUACUCGGAGCAGUAUGAUGGCCCGGAAAAAAGGAAAGAGAAGACACCCUUCGUCAAAGACACGCCAGACCAACCUCCGCUCGCCUGGGUAACCUUUUGGUACGGCAAAGCGAGCAAUUUCUUUGGCCCGUAUGUGCAUGAAGCAUUCCGUCGCUGGGGAUUUGUUAUGUGGGACGGUCCGCGGUUGAGGGCCUCGGGCGCCCUGGUCCACAUGUAUUGGGCGGGGGGCUGCCCCGGCUGCGCGGGCUGGGAUCCCCGAGAGAGCUUUUCUGAUGACGAGGACUAA